AUGGUUGUUAAAAAUACUGAAGAAUAUAUUAAAAAAAUACAAGGUAUCGGUACUCCUGUGAAAGAUCAAAUAAAAUUAUUAGAUUUAAAUAUAAAAGAACCUAAAAUAAAACGAUUGAUCUUCGAUUUUAUUAAUAAAUAUGAAAACUUUAAAACAAUAUUAAAUUUACAAGAGUUAUUUUCAUCGUCUAACGUAACUAGAACAAAAUCUAUUCCAAGAGCUCAAAAUAAAUGGGACUUGUUUCGUAAAAAUGUAUCAAAAGGCUUACACAUGACUGUUGGUGAAACGUCAGGGAUCGCUUCUUAUUUAUGGAGCAUCAGAUCUGAAGAAGAAAAACAAUUUUGGAGUGAUUUGUGUUUAGUCACAAAAGAAAUACACGCAAUAGAGUACCCUAAUUACAAAUACCAUCCUUUUACUGAUAAAAGGAAAAAAUUAAAAAAUACAAAAACCAAAAACACAAUUCCUAAUCUAAAACCGAAUUUAACAAACAUUCCUAUGGAUACAAGCAGUUUUGAUAUGGAUGUUUCUGAUUUGAAUAUAAAAAAAGGGGAAGAAAAUUUUUGUCAAGAUUCACUUAUGUUCAAUGACAUAACCGAUACAAAAACUGAUUAUAAUUAUGAAUUUGAUAUCGAAAUGUUGGAUGAAAAUCUAUUUCAGACGGAUUCAAUCCUUUUUGAUCCGAUAGACGGAUGUGAUAAUAAAAUUAACGAUCAAAAUUUGUAUGAUUCAUUAUUAAAUGAUCAAGCAUUUUUGGACAUCAUGGAAAUAGACCCUACUUUUUCUUACAUCGAUCCUACUUUAAUAAACAAUUAG